GACCUCAAAAGUCAUAUAUAUAACCUCCAAGUAUCGUUGGGUAAGCCACCGAUUCACUUCACCAAUGGAUCAUGAAAGCAUGUGCAUGGUCAACCAUAUUAUGGUCGAUGACGAUGACAACAGUCGGCUGACUUUGGAGGAGAUGUUGGGUCCAAUGUUCGGUGGCUACGGUGGUAGUAGGGAGGAGGAGAUGUCAGCAAUGGUUUCUGCGCUUUCACAUGUGGUGGCUGGCGGUGGUUGCAGCGGCCGAGCAGGAAAGAGAGGACGUGAGGAGGACGUUCAUGUAAUGACUCAAGACUCCAUUAUUGCUCAUGAUCAACAUGGUGUCGCUGAUGGCGUAGAAGCAGCAACAAAAACCCCGAGAGAAGACGAACAACAGCCCAAAAGAAAGUACCGAGGAGUGAGACGUAGGCCUUGGGGAAAAUGGGCUGCUGAGAUACGCGAUCCUAACAAGGCUAGCAGAGUUUGGUUAGGCACUUUCAACACUGCCAUUGCUGCUGCUCGAGCUUACGAUGACGCUGCUCUGAAUUUUAGAGGGAGUAAAGCCAAGCUCAACUUCCCAGAAGACGUUCACCUCGUUGAGCGAGAAGAACAUCGAAACUCAUGUGGUUCUAGUGGUUGCGAUGGAGCUCAACAUCCUUAAUUAUUUGAGGAGAACAUCCCUUUAAAUUUGAUUUAGAACCAGAUGACACGACUCCUCCCUACACUAUUAACAUGAUCAGCUCUAUUCUUGAGGAUACUUUUUUUUUUCUUUGUUUAUGUUCUUUACAUGCAACUAAAAUUAUAGUUGUUUUAAAUUGUAAUACAUUCGGAUAUUAAUUUUUAGGUUGUUCAUUUA